AUGCCUCUCUCCGCGAUGCAAGCCAUUCAAUUCCUGGGGAGCCAGUUCACCUGGCUGCCAAGAGCCACUAGUGCUCCCAUCUUGACCGGGAAGACUGUCAUCCUGACUGGCGCUAACUCUGGUAUCGGAUGGGAGGCCGGACACCAGCUCGCGGCCAUGAAGCCCAAGAGGCUCAUCCUCGCCUGCCGCGAUAUGAAAACGGGUGCCGCUGCGCUCGAGUCCGUUUUGAGCAAGUAUCCCGGCACCAACGCCACAGUGUGGAACCUCGACCUGGCGAGCUUUGAGAACAUCAAGGAGUUUGCCGCGCGGGCGAACAAGGAGUUGGACGUUGUGGACGUGGCAGUCCUCAACGCAGCAAUGAACCCGGGCUUUGCGGAUGCCCCGAUGAAGACGACUGUUGACGGCCACGAGGUGACCCAGCAGGUCAACAUUCUCAGCACGAUCCUCCUCAGCCUCCUCCUCCAGCCCCUUCUUGCCAAGAGCGUCGACCCCACGUUGGUCAUCACCUCAUCUGAAGUGCACAUGUUCUGUGGCCACCAGUUGAUCGCCAACGCCGUCCACACCCAUUCCAGCAUUCUUGCCGCCUACGACGACAAGUCGCGGUUUGUCUGUGGGGACCGGUACUUUGAGUCCAAGCUCCUUCUCCAGCUUGUCAUUCGUCAACUCAUCGGCGACCUGCCCGACAUCAAGAUCGUCGCCGUCAACCCGGGCAUGUGCCGCUCCAACCUCGGCCGCGAGAUGACGUCCAUCGGCAUGAGAAUCGGCAUCAUCAUCAACAACUACACGCUCUCCCGCAGCGCCUGGAACGGCGCCGUCAACGUCACAAAGGCUAUUGAGGCUACCGAGAGCCAGGAGUACUGGAGCGACUGUGCGCCCGCGGCGAGUUCGUCCGUCUUCCUCGGCAGCGCGACGGGCCACGCGGCCUCGAAACAGUACUACCACGAAGUCAUGGCCGUCCUGGACAAGGUGUCGCCGGGUUGUACCGCUCCUCUGGGCGUGGCCAGCCGCCACGCUCAGCCUUCGCUCUAA